CGCAUCUCUUCAUUCCUCGCUCACUGCUCGCACGCAGCUCACGUGUUUCGUGUUACGUUAUACCAGUGUACGUGUUCAGUGACCCUCGAGAUGAAAGCCAUAACGGCGAUGUGCGCGACCGGAGCCUCGGUGCCGGCGAUCGCAGGCGGUCGUGUGCAGCGGCAUCGCGACGGCGAAAACGCCGAGAUCCAGAUGUACCUUUCAAAGCUCCAGGACCUGGUGCCCUUCAUGCCGAAGAACAGGCGUAUCUCGAAGCUGGAGGUGAUACAGCACGUGAUAGACUACAUCUGCGACCUGCAGUCGGCGUUGGAAAACCACCCCGCCGUCGGGCAGUUCGACGCGGAAGCCGCGCUGGCGCCCUGCUCCCCCGCUCCCACGCCCGCGCCCCGGCCGCGCCGACGCCCGCUCGGAGUGCGCGCUGCGCCCAACACCAUCCUGAGGACGCAGCCCCCGCAGCACCACUCCACACACACGACUCCAGAGAAACAAGACCAACCAGACAGGCCGAUGUCGUGCUAAAUGAUACUUAGGUUUAUAAGGACAUUAUUAUUUAUGGUGAAACGUGAACGUCGGGGGACGAAGCGCCGAGGGCAGGGGCAGUGCCGGCACACCGGCGGACCCGUGCCCACUUCCAGUGAACAUCGUCUCCAGAUGAUAUCCUAAUGCGAUCUCGUUACGAUCAAUAAACUACAUUAAUUUAAUUAACCUGUGGCAUUACACGAAGACUUGAGCAUUGCAAUGCAACGGCGGCAUUGUCGGCCGCUUGUUUUGUUGAUAGCCUUUCUUUUUUGUACAAAGCUUUACUAGUUCUUAGAGAGAUGGACGUAAACAAAUUUGUAAAUAUAUAUGGAGUGGUUUGCGGAACAUCUACAGUUAUCUCCACCUAUAUAUUACUAUAUUUUGUAUCAAAC